AAACAACUACUUCGUAUAUUCGUGUACAUGCCCUGCAUGUGUAUCAUCGACUGUUGACGUUGAAACGUUGACCGGGACCUGCGAACCCCAGUCAUUCUCUGACAGUAACUUUUCAUCAUCUUGAUUGGUCAAAUGAUACUUCGAAGCUGACGCUUUCAUCACAUGCGUCAAAAUCAAUCUUUUCGAAGACAAGCUCCAUCUUUCCGCAAGGCGGUAUCUCUUCGAUCCAACAUCCACUGCAUGCAGGGCAUUGCAGGCUUGAAUUCAGUUUUGUCUAGCGGUUACUUGUGACUCUGCUGUCGAAUCACGCCCACCAAUCUUUCGUCCAGUCUUCACGAACACGUUAAGUUCACGUCCUCGAGAGAGAUUUGUCGAAGCAUAUAUUUGCUUUGAGGCCCACCAGUCGACCGGAAUGCUCAAUCUGAGCCAUCCUUCGCCAACUCGCUCUAUUUAUGCAUGUCGGGUAACCUAAACAUUUGCCAAGUUUCUUUUGGCUCUUUUCUUAUAGUCAUGCAUUCAACCAAUAGAACACCUUGUCCAUCAUGAGCAUCAUGAUGUACAGAUCAGCAUAGAGAAGUAGAGCUGUAUUAGAACUUCAACUGUUUGCAGGUUCAUGCUGAUCUUCUAGCUCUUCAUCAAGGGUAAUGUUUCGUACUUUAUACAUAUAUCCUUCCUUUCAGGUGUAGGAGUGCUAACUCACUUCUCACCAAUGUCGUCGCAAGGAUUCCCGUUAGUGGAGCUUGUGGAUAGUGUUUCGAAGUUAGGCUAUCUUGCCGCAGGUGUCACUGCCAUAUGGCUUUGGGACUUCAUGAUAGCUUUACUGGAUUAUGUGCCGUUGUUUGGGGCACGUCGUAUGUCGUUGAGCGAUGUAGCGUACAUCGCAGCUCGCGUGUCAACAGCAGGGUUCCUUAUUGUUAUACUCAUUCAAUUAGUCGACGCAUCUCCCGAUGAUUGCGACUUCAAGUCUCGAGCCGUCGUUUGGUUCGGAGCAGUCGCUCCGCCUUUUAAUUCUUUGCUUUUCUUCCUCCGUGUCAGAGCCGUCUUUCGCGAAUCGCGUGUCAUCGUUGGCGUUUUCGCUCUUCUAUGGCUUUCUACCUUUACAACAAUCACCGUACCACUGACCUCGCACGUUGUCAGCAUUGAGGUCAUACGAAUGUGCUCAACUUCCACGUUACGGUCUUACGACUCUGUAGGGUGGGUCACAGUAGCGGUGUUUGACACUCUGGUCCUCAUCGCCAUAUCCAUCCGAGUCCUAUCUGGCAGUAUGGCGGUUUCACGGAAGGAAAGAUUCCGGGCCCUCCUGAGCGGAAAGGGUUUGGGCAACGUCUCGAGAAUACUCCUCCAAACAGGACAGCUAUAUUAUUUGGCUACUGUCGGGGUCAACAUUACCAUGGCUAUCAGCAUCUUCACCUCGGCAUCUGUACCUGUACAGAGCGGCCUCUCUAUCAUCGGCAUCGCCUUGCGGAAUAUGAUGGCUUGCAAGGUAUAUCGCCUUUUGAAGCUAGGGCUUAUUGAAAGUACGCCUCUGGCAACGUGGACUGUUCAUUUGCCAAAUGAAGUAGAGUUGGCUGUUUUGCCUACUCUCAACGUGGACAUUGUCCACCAAGACACGGGAAGGACUGUAGAUGGAAGAGCAGAUGGCAAUAAGUGGGUGUUGAAUGAAUUCGAAUGACUGCAAGACAAGACUUGUACAUUAAUUCCUCGAGCUUUGCUUCAAGUUCGUACUCCCUCUUCUGACUUGUGUCUCUAUAUAUUCGGUUGACGUUGUCAAUCGCGAGGCGGAAUGGUUGUACUGGUGGACAAACUUGAGAUCGAGUCUAACUGAACGAGAUGAUUGGUUGUA